AUGUCAUCCUCCAGUAUGACCUCAACUCAUCCAGCUGUCUUUUUGUUGAUGGGAAUCCCAGGCCUGGAACACCUGCACAUCUGGAUCUCUAUCCCCUUUUGCUCAGCCUAUUCAUUGGCUCUGCUGGGCAACUGCACCCUCCUCUUUAUCAUCCAGGCUGAUGCAGCCCUCCAUGAGCCCAUGUACCUCUUCCUGGCCAUGUUGGCAGCUAUUGACCUGGUCCUCUCCUCUACAACACUGCCCAAAAUGCUUGCCACAUUCUGGUUCAGGGAUAGGGAGAUCAAUUUCUAUGUCUGCUUGGUUCAGAUGUUCUUUCUCCACUCCUUCUCCAUCAUGGAGUCAGCAGUGCUGCUGGCCAUGGUCUUUGAUCACUAUACGGCCAUCUGUAAGCCACUGCACUACACCACGGUGCUGACCAGACACCUAAUCACCAGGAUUGGCAUGGCUGCUGUAGCUCGGGCUGUGACACUAAUGACUCCACUCCCCUUUCUGCUCAGACGCUUCCACUAUUGCCGGGGCCCAGUGAUUGCCCACUGCUACUGUGAGCACAUGGCUGUGGUAAGGCUGGCCUUUGGAGACACACGCUUCAACAAUAUCUAUGGCAUUGCUGUGGUCCUGAUUAUUGUGGUGUUGGAUUUGCGGUUUGUUAUCCUAUCUUAUAUCUUUAUCCUUCGGGCAGUUCUACAGCUUGCUUCUCAGGAGGCUCGCUACAAAGCAUUCGGGACAUGUGUCUCUCACAUAGGUGCCAUUCUAGCCUUCUAUACACCUGUGGUUCUCUCCUCAAUCGUGCACCAUGUGGCCUGCAGGGCUGCCCCGCAUGUCGAUAUUCUUUCUGUCAAUUUCUAUCUCCUUUUCCCACACAUGGUCAACCCCAUCAUCUAUGGCUUUAAGACCAAGCAGAUUCAUGAUCAUGUGCUCAGUCUAUUCUGGAGAAAGGAUGUAUAG